AUGUCACACAUACCUAUUUCCAGCAACAGCUCUCCAACGAAAAUGAACAAGAAACCUAGGGCACUUUCAUUUGGGAUCGAAUCUGGUUAUGGAUCAAGGUUCGAUUCACAUUCUUCGUUAUAUACACCAAACGGUACACCACCUCAAACAGCUUCAGACCAUACUAGUCAUGGUCAAGAGCUUGAGCAUGGUCAUCAUGAAUCAUCACCUUCACAUCAUCUUCAUCAUCAUCAAAUUGAAAAUAGAUUAUUACACAAUCUACUAGCUCAUUUCGAUUGUGGUACACAUAGUUUCGAUAGGGAUGAAAGAGAAACUCCCGAAGAGAGAAGAUUGAGUUUUACCAGUAAUGGAAACGAUCCACUUCCUACACCACCUUCAUCUAGAAGACCUUCGUUCUUAUCAUCUUUAACGCUCUCACGACCAUCAUUCGGGUUUACUCCCAAUUCAAAUUCGAAUUCUGUGGCAUCUUCACCCAUUUCUUCUACUCCAUUAUCAGCUUCACAGGUAGAUAAAAUCCACAAUAACCAUCAGCAACAAAGUGUUAGACCUGGAUUGGAGAAUACUCUUCCACAUGGAAAUGCAAAUGGCAAUGGGAAUGGAAUUGGACACGCACAUUCGUCUCCUGUAAUCCCAUUACAUCUUUCAGAAGUAAAUGCAAAUGCAGAAGGGAUGAGUCGAGGUGAUAAUCAACAACAAGGUUUAUUACCCCAACCUUCAAUCAAUAGGAAUAAUACUACAGGUCAAAUUAUUCCUAUAAAACAAAAUGGUUUUAUACCCAAUACCAAUACCAAUACCAAUACCACUAACAAAAACCGAAUGAUCGGUAAUCAACUAUUGAUUGAAGAGAAAAGACAUUUCGAUCCAAGUAGAGAACCGAAGUUAUUAGGUUUAUUAUAA